UCUCUUUAAUAUUUUGUGAACUCAACUUGUUUUCAACGUUACUUGAGAUAUAAUAAUGGCUUUUAUAAAUAUCUAUUUUCUGGCUUUCAUGCUUGUGAUCAUAUCCAUGUUAAUCCCAUGUAGUUCUGGUUAUGUUAGUGGCAAUGACUAUGGCACCAAAAAACAAGUAGUGACCAAGAAACCAAAUUUCACAGAAAAACUUUUCUCCAACAAUAUUGGCAUUCAAGGUCUUGUUUAUUGCAAAUCUAACUUUAAACUCAUUCCACUGGAAGGAGCCGUUGUAAGGAUAACAUGUGAAGCUGUUGAUGAAUAUGGAUUUGAAACAACACCGUUCACUUUCUUAAGUGAUGCAACCGAUGUAAAAGGCUUUUUCCUUGCAACACUGUUUCAACUAGAGCUUGUUGCAGAAAAACGGGUGCUGAAGAAGUGCAGAGCUUUCCUUGACGCAUCUCCUUGGAACAAUUGCAAUUAUCCCACUGACGUUAACAAAGGGAUUAGUGGUGCCGAGCUUCAUUCUUAUCGCUUCCUCAAUGAUAAGAAGAUGAAUUUGUAUACCGUGGGACCUUUUGUAUUCACCUCAACGCCCAAAUCAAUCUCCAAUGGAUAUUAGAUGAUUGGAAGUUUUCUAGAUAGGUUUCAUUUUGUUUUCUUUCUAAAUGUGUUUCUUUCUAAAUGUGUUUGAUCAGUGUUUUUCGUUCUGUAUUUUCUUCUAUUUGCUGAUAUAUAGGAAAAAGUUAUGUAACUUCUGUCACAAAAGGGUGAAAAAAAGUUCUUUAGAAAGAAAAUCAGAACUGAAC